AUGUCUCAUUUUGUGAUGGUCGAUUUAUAAAUAUAUAUUAUUUUUAUGGAUUUUAGUAUACUAUUUGUUCUCUAACUAUUUAUUUUUAUCUUAAAUAACUUAACUAUUAUGUAAAAAUAGCUUGAGAAUAUUUCAUUCGCAUCAAAAUGGCUGACAUAUUUCGUUCAGCAUUCGGUAUUUUUUCGGGCAACAAAACUGACAGUGAUUUUGUUGGCCAACGUGUAGACAUUGCCUCAACCCAACUGAGGGUAAAGAAGUUAAUAGCAGAAGGUGCUUACGGCUUCGUGUUUGUUGCUCAAGAUGUUUCUUCCGGAAAGGAAUAUGCUUUAAAGCGUCUCAUGGCAGCAGAUGAGGCAGCCAACAACGCAAUUAUUCAAGAAAUAACAUUUAUGAAACGUCUUCGAGGCCAUCCAAACAUUGUGCAAUUUCAAAAUGCUGCUUCCAUUGGUGCAGAUGAAUCUGAAAAUGGAUUGGCAGAAUUUUUAAUUUUGACUGAAUUGUGUACAGGAGGUCAGUUGAUAAAGUGGUUCAAUGAUCGUCAAGGCAAGAGAAUACCUGCCAAUCAAGUGCUCAAAAUAUUUCAUCAGAUUUGUCGAGCUGUUGUUCACAUGCACAAACAGAAUCCACCCAUAAUUCACCGUGACCUUAAGAUUGAGAAUUUGUUAGUGAGCUCUCGUGGUCAGAUCAAACUGUGUGAUUUUGGUAGUGCCACAACAAAAUCCCUAUAUCCUAGUGAUUCCUGGACAUCUGUUGAAAGAAGUUUGGUUGAAGAUGAGAUGCAACGGAAUACUACACCAAUGUAUCGAGCACCAGAAAUGGUUGAUCUGUACAGCAAUUAUCCAAUCACUAUAAAAUCAGAUGUCUGGGCCUUGGGAUGUUUAUUGUACAUGCUUUGUUAUAUGGAGCAUCCAUUUGAAGAUGGUGCUAAAUUGAGGAUAUUGAAUGCAAAGUUUACUUUACCAGAAUUUGAUAGAGAAUAUGAUGUAUUUCACAGUUUAAUAUAUAAGAUGUUGCAGGUAGACCCGGCAAAGCGUCCUGAUGUUUCAGAAGUUGUCACUAGUUUAGAAUCAAUUGCAUUGUCGAGAUAUGUUGAGUUAAAAGGGUCCAUAUUUCAAGAGGAAGAAUCAAUUAUGUCCGCAAGGCAAGAUGAUACAGAUCAAGCUGGUGGUAGCAGCGCUGUGUUUGGUGGUGUUGUGAAGGGUGCAGGAACAUUCUUUUCUAAUAUCAAGGAUAUGUCAAACAAAGUUGUUCAGUCUGUUGCAGGAUAUGUCAAAAGUGAUCUGGAUAUCUCUUAUAUAACUUCAAGAGUAUUGGUUAUGCGAAUUCCUGGAGAAGGCAUUGAGUCAACUUAUAAAAAUAGCGUAGAUGAUGUUCAAAUAUUUCUCGAUACAAAACAUCCUUCGAAGUUUGCUGUUGUUAAUUUAUCCCAAAGACCGGCAAAAUUGAAAGGCAAGAUUUUUGACUGUGAUUGGCCGUCGAAACGAGCGCCAUCUUUAGAGAAAAUUUUCAUGAUUUGUAAAAAGAUCGUAUCUUGGUUGAAAGUGGAUAAAAGAAAUGUUGUAGUCAUUCAAUGCCAGGAUGGUAAACUUACGUCGGGCUUGCUGGUCACAUCGUUAUUUAUAUAUUGUCAUCUUUUUAUGUCGCCUGAAUGUGCUUUUGAAAUGUUCAAUGUUCGUCGUCAAAAUAUGUCCACAAGAAUUGUACCUAGUCCUUCGCAGAAGCAUUAUUUCAAUUACAUAACGCAAUUAAUAAACGAUCCAGAUGUGAAGCCUCACAAAUAUUUUCUUACUAUAAACACAUUCACCAUGGAACCAGUACCUCUCUUUAAUCGAGCAAGAAAGGGCUGUAGACCGUUUCUAGAAGUUUAUAAUGGUGACAAAAGAGUAUUGUCGACUGCUCAGGAAAUAGAGCAGAUGAGAGAGUAUACCAUUUCUGAUCAUCAAAUUGAUUGGAAACUUCGUCUUGAAGUCCAAGGAGAUAUAACCAUAUGUGUUUAUCAUGGACGAUCUACUCUCGGUGGCAAAGUACAAGGAAAACUAACUUCUAUUCCAAUGUUUCAAAUACAGUUUCAUACUGGCUUUGUUGGAGUUACAGCCAAAAAGAUGGUCUUUAUUAAAGAGGACGUCGAUGUUGUUGAUGCGAAUAAUAUGAAUAAGUUUGCCGAAAAUUUCAAUCUUUCACUCGACGUUUCAGUUGAUGAGAAUCGCUGUAAUAAUGUCACUUAUGUUUGGGAUUCUGGGCCCAACGAAAAAGCAACAAGACAAUUAUUAUUUACGACGUCUGAAGAAUAUCUGCAGUGUCAGGAGGAUUUUGUUUUAGGUGAUGAUCGUGAAAUGAGUUACAGAGAACAGUUCGAGCUUGAUAAGAAAUUAAGAAAUGACAACGGUGAUACAGUGAAGAAAAGUUCAAUAAAGACGGAUAAUAAUGAACGCUCAUUAAAUAAAGAAAGAAAAACUAAUCAAGGUUUACUUAAUGAGAAAACUGAACAAAAAGCUGGCUCAUUUUUCCAGAAUCUGAAUUGGCAAGGCGAAGAAGAACCCCUAAAAGAAAGUGACGAAAGUGACGAGGAAUGGGACGCAUUACGAAGUGGAAACAGAAAAAAUGAAGCAAUAUCUGGCGCUCCAAAAACGUUUGAUUUCUUUGGCGAACGUGAAUCACAAGGCAACAAUAAUGAAUCUAGCUUUGAUUUGUUUACCCUCAGAGGGGAACAACCUGUUCCAGUAAAAAGUAAUUCUAGCGAGGACUUGUUAGGACUUUCUGAAGAUAAUAAUGGCGAUGAAAAGGGAAGUGCGGGUGAUCAUAAAUCUGGUCAAACAUCACCGCGUCCCAGGAAAGGUACAAGGCAUUCAAGUUUGGGUGAAGACCAAUUACAGCCUGAUUUUGAUUUAUUAAAUCUGUCAAGUCAUUCAAAAGAAGAUCCCGUGGUUGAUCUUCUUGGACUGAACAGUACUGGGAUGAAAAGAAACAAGAGCGCUGAUGAUAUAUUUAACACAUCUCCUACAGAAAAUAAACCAUCUGACGAUAUUUUUGCAGAUCUGCGUUCAUCUGCAGACAAUUCCACUUCAUCAACCACCAGCAAGCAACCAAAUUCGUUUGACCCGUUUUCUGGAGGUCAAGCUAAGAAUGUUGAUCUUUUUGGUAGCUUUGACACCACAACACCUGAAUCAAGCGGCACCAUCUUAACACCUCAAGUUAAUACUUCAUGGAAUCAAAAUACUUCGGCUUCACAGAAAUUGUCCAGUAAUGAUCCAUUUGCAGAUUUAGGAGGGCUGGGCACUAGCAAUGGUUUUGCUGAUAAAACUCAGACAGCGAAGAAGAAGUCUCCCACUACCACCCCCCCUCCGUCAAGACCUCCGCCAACACAGCAGAAGUAUGGACAAACUUUUCAAACUGGCCCAGGUGUUAAACCAAAGGCAAAAGUACAAAAGCCAAAUUAUGCUCCAAGUUAUUCACCUUCCUCUGUGUUUGGAUCAUAUGGUCUACGGGAUGGUUAUGUGAAUAAACAUGUGAAAAAGGACGAGUUUAGUGAUAUAUUAAACUCGCAUGGCUUUAAACCGUCAACAGAAACUGGGCCUAGCACAAUAAAUUCAUUACGUAAGCAAGCAGACGCUGAGGAUGAUCCUGUUAAAGCCAAGGUCCGUAGUUGGAGUGAUGGUAAAAGAAAGAAUAUUCGUGCUUUGCUUUGUUCACUCGAUACUGUUUUGUGGGAAGAGGAGAAAAGAUGGAAGAAAGUUGGGAUGCACGAGUUGGUCACGGCUGAUCAGGUUAAAAAAUAUUACAAACGAGCAGUUCUCUCUGUCCAUCCAGACAAGCUUAUUGGCACUCCACAAGAGCAUUUAGCAAGAGCAAUUUUUAUUGAAUUAAAUGAAUCAUGGACAGCGUUUGAAGAAAGUGGCUCGAAGUCACUUUAUUAAAAACAAAAAUAAUAACACGUGAUAUGAAAUAUUAGGAAAUCAACGUGAGAUAUUUUAGUGUGUAAUGUCUGGAUAUUGUUGAAAUGGUCGUAUCACAUAAUGAAAGGUCACACCAUUUACAAUAUUUUCCAAAAUAAUUUUGGUUUCAAUUUUUUGUUCAUCCUUUUUUUUCAAAGUUCAGGUUUUUGGACAGUCGUCAUUCUCGUUGAGGAGUGAAAGAAUAAAAUUCCAAAAAUUUUGAAGCAAAAGUGUAUGACGAUGGGAAAUAUUUGUUUUUAGUAGAAUGGCUUAAUGUGAAUAUUGAUGAUUUAAUAUAUAGUGCAAAUAAAUGAAUUUUUGUAUUUAUCAAA